UUUCCCCACCAGGUUCGAAUGGUGAAAGAUGGCGACCCCUCCUGGAAGCCCACUUUUAUUGUGAAACCUGACAGUGGCUGUCAGGGCGAUGGCAUCUACCUCAUUAAAGACCCCAGUGACAUCCGCCUGGCAGGGACGCUCCAGAGCCGGCCGGCGGUGGUCCAGGAGUACAUCUGCAAACCUCUUCUGAUCGACAAACUCAAGUUUGACAUUCGUCUGUAUGUCUUACUCAAGUCCUUAGACCCCUUAGAGAUUUAUAUAGCCAAAGAUGGACUCUCUAGAUUUUGUACAGAGCCGUAUCAGGAGCCCAGCCCCAAAAAUCUACAGCACAUCUUUAUGCACUUAACCAACUAUUCCUUGAACAUCCACAGUGGUAACUUUGUCCAUUCGGACAGCACUAGCACGGGCAGCAAAAGGACUUUCUCUAGCAUUCUCUGUAGGUUGUCUUCCAAAGGUGUUGACAUCAAGAAGGUGUGGUCUGAUAUCAUCUCCUUGGUGAUUAAGACUGUCAUUGCCCUGACUCCAGAGCUCAAAGUUUUCUACCAGUCGGACAUCCCCGCAGGGAGGCCGGGGCCCACGUGCUUCCAGGUAACCGUUGCCAGUCCCAGCCUGAGUUUCCAAAUCUCACGGGGCAUGGAGGGGGCUCCCUGGCUUCCU